UCAAUUCUGCAAGUGGUUCUGAUUUACUAUCGCUGUUCUCUAGCCGGUCUAAAACUGCUUUUGACCUAAAGGGACACUUUUUGGACGCCAUGGACAUUUCUAAGUUUCCAGGCAGAAAGAACAGUAAAAAUGCAGGCAGGGCACAGGACAAAGCAGUAGGGACAAAAUGUAUGUGAAAUGCAUUGAAACAUCAUUUUUAAAAAAAAUGAAAUUUUUAAAAAUGUCAAAUUUGCCGCCGGUUUCAGCGCCCGUACGUCCCGACGUCACAGGGACCGGAACACGGAAGCCGGAUGACAGCAUCGGCCGGAGGAGAUGGCCGGGGACGCUGCAGGGGACACAU